GCACGUUACAUCCACUUCUGGUACGACAUCCGAUAGCGCGCGCUUCUAGCAAGCCACACUUUGGAAUCCUUCGAUCGUUCUAGUUCGAUCGUCACAGAUGAACCCCAUGAAUGAACAACGCCCGAUUGAAAGGAAUGACCGACAGGCCGGACCGGUCGUUGUGGAGGAAUCCUCGCUACGAUACAUGCUUCAGAAGCAGAACCUCCUUCUCGUCGCUUUUCUCAUCAUCGCCAUCCUCACCGUGACCGGUGCCGGCGUUGCCGUCAUCUACGCUGUUGUGGAACACUUCUCGCUCACAUUUGCCGAUUCCUUCGACGAACCAUCACUCACAACCGUUUCCAGAAGGCGCGAAGCACGCAUCGCGAUGCAGAAGGCCCCGGAUGGAGGCAUGGCGAAGGUCGUCUUCUGCUUCAUAAAACCACGACCCAUGGCUACGUCUCCGCACGUGUUUCGCUUGGACAAUGACACCGCGUCGUACUGCGACGCGAUCGUUUACACGUCGUUAGGCAUCCACGACACCGGAACCAGAAUUCGGAGCAGGAACCACGGCGUAGAUGUCUCGGCGAAGGGCUUCCAACGAUUGGUUGCCCUGAAGAAGGCUUCGGGAAGGCCGAUCACGAUCUGGAUUUGUGUUGGGGGUGGAGAAAGGGAGGAUGAGCAGUUCAAGACAAUGGUCAGCAGCAGAGCCACAAGGCUCAGCUUUAUCAACAGCGUCAUAAGGUGGAUGAAAGAGCACACAUUCGAUGGCGUUGUCGUGUACUGGAGGUACCCCAGCGCCGAUGCCAAAUCCAACUUCAGCACGUUUAUAAACACUCUUCAAUUUCUUUGCAACAAGGUGAAUUUGCGGAUGACUCUCGUUAUUCCGUGGAAUCUCGCCACCCGCCGACGAGGGUAUCUUGCGCGUUCGGUGUACGCUCAGAUGGACUACGUCAUCGUGGACAGCCAUAAGACCGUGGAUCCUCGGAGUUUUCCGGUGACCACCUGUCAGAGCCCAACCAGGUCCACGUUCCGUGCUAGGCGUCACGGUCAGGUGGGGCUGGCUGAGAUUCUGGAUGACCUCUCGCUGGAGACGGACCAUCUCAAAAGGACCGUACUUAGCGUAUCGCUCGGUGGAAUAUCCUUCACUGUGAAGAGCCCCAAAAAGCACCGAAUGGGUACGGCUGCUAAAGGAGCUGGAAGCCCUCUCGGCUUCACCAACAAUAGGUUAGGCGUCGUCAGCUACUACGACGUCAAGGAGACACUGCUGACGAACGCCAGCUGGACAGAGUACUACCACACGUCGGCGCGCUGCGCCGUUGCCUACAACGAAGACCAGUGGAUCGGCUUCGAAAACCGUGAAAGUAUUCAAGGAAAGAGGCCACUCGUGCGGAGGAUUUCAGGAAUGGCCGUCUGGGACCUCGAAAUGGACGAUUUCGCUGGUGGUCUGGGGCCCGCGUGGCCCCUGCUUGCGGAAGUACAUGAUGUCGUACAUAGCCAGGCGCCUUAUGAUUUGGUUACGCUGAAACUUUCUGCCUCAUAAAACGAGUACAGAUUGAAGUUUACUCGUUGCUGUGUGCUCCUUUUAAAACUGGCUCGACGAAAGCAAAUGCUGCACAAUGAGCUCAAGGAAGCUAAAUGUGCGAUUUCUAUUCCUAUGGUGAUCUUGACGCUGUACCGCACUCCAAUAAGUUUUUUGAAGAACACCCAGCGCCACUUGCGGCAGUGGCGGUGCAGGUUUGGAGUUGUCGGGGAAAGCAUGUGUAUGCCUUGCUUUUCCGAUCGUCGUCAUCGUCGUGGUAUUGGUGUAUGCGCCGUCGGUGGUGGUGGUGGUGAUGGUGAAAGGGCUUGCCGCUGUCGGCCUCACGUAUGUGGGCAACGUCACGACUGACGCCCUGGGGAAAUGUGCGUCCUGGGCCGACUUCUAGGGGAACUGUGCCGACAUAUGUCUGAAAGCGUCUGAGGAAAACCCAGGAAAAACCCCAGACAGCACAGCCGGCACCGGGAUUCGAUCCCGGGUACCUCCCAGUCUCGCCGUCCCCUGAGCGCCGUCACUGUCGUGCCACCCUCAGCAGUCAGCAAGCCGAAGUAAUGUCCAAACAGCUUACCAGUGCCCGUAUAUGUGGUGACGUUUGCGUUGAAAAUUCGCACGUCCCUUGCAACCAGAGAGCUUCUGCUUCUUUUUUAUCUGGAGAGUUUUAGUUAGUAGAUGAGACACUAGAAUAAAGUAAAUAAAUGCAC